AUGGCUGACUGGGGAAGCCCACUGCCAACACGAAAGUUAGCGCCCCACGAGGACGUGCAGUUUGACCCUGCGUUGCAGCCUCGUGCUCAUCGUAUGACUGCAACGUCCGACAAUUCCAAGGUCUUGAUUCUGAAUGUACAAAUCCUGGACUCCACAGGCGCCAAGCCCUAUACCGGUGAUUUAUAUAUACAAGGGGAGCGCAUUCAGUAUGUUGGAGUAGUGCCAGACAUUGAGAAGCUUCGACAAGAGACGGGAGUUGUCGUUAUUCAAGGCAAUGGCCGUACUAUCAUGUCUGGCUUAGGUGACGCUCACACCCAUUUGACCUGGAAUGGAUCGGCUUUAGGCCCAUACAACAAGUUCAGCGUAUCUAACCGAGGAGGAAUUAGGUGUUAUGGUGCGGCUUCUGCAAAGGAUAGACUGGACUGUGUUAUCCGCGAUGCGAUCAAUGAGGGCAGCAUUCCCGGUCCGCGCUACCUUGCCAAUGGAAAGGAGAUUGCCAGAAGAGGGGGUGAGCUCACUCCAGGAAUUACUGCUUACGCAGAUGGGCCUUUGGAGAUGAGAGAGGUCAUUCGUCACCAUGCGGAUCUCGGGGUAGACCAGAUCAAACUAAGCAUGUCAGGAGAAGAGAUCCUUGAAGCUAGGGCCGCCCAGGACAGCUUUCUCGACGAGGCCGAAACUCAAGCUUGUGUUGACGAAGCACAUAGGUUAGGUCUACGAGUGUGUUCUCAUGCCAGAGCACGGGAUGCUGUGGCCCAGUGCGUGAAAUAUGGCGUGGAUGUCAUUUACCACGCAAGUUACAUUGAUGAAGCCACAAUGGAUGAGCUUGAAAAGAACAAGCACCGUCACGUUGUUGCGCCGGCUCUGAACUGGCUUUAUGCUACAACCUUCGAAGCUGGACCUUUUGGUUACUCAUUCGACGAUGCCGAGCAAGCCGGAUACAAAAUGGAGCUUGAAAUUGCAAUAAACGCGAUGAAAGAAAUGCAUCAAAGAGGAAUCACUGUUUUGCCUGGCGGCGAUUACGGGUUUGGUUGGACACCUCACGGCACAUACGCUAGAGACCUGGAGCAUUUUGUCAAGUUGCUUGAUUUCACCCCCAUGGAAGCGAUUAUUGCUGCUACCGCUGGCGUGGCGAAACUAUUCAUGCAGGAGCACGAGCUCGGCAAAGUUCAACCUGGUUAUUACGCCGAUAUGAUUAUUGUCGAUGGGAACCCUCUGGAAAAUGUCACUAUUCUCCAAGAUCACUCGAAGCUAGAUAUGAUUAUGAUCAACGGUCGAAUCCAUAAAGCCUCACCAAGAGACUUGGUCCUUUCAAAGGACGGAUCUCUUUCCCAGCCACCAAUCACGCAGCCUAAAAUUCAAUACAGCAAUUACAUCACAUACCUGGAUGAACGAGGCCGGAGCCCCCUGGCUGCAUAUGGCGAUAGCUUCCACCUAAAAAGCGUUGACAUUCAAGCUCCAAUUGACGACCGCGACAUCCUGGCUGUUGGUAAAAACUAUGUUGACCAUGCCGUUGAGUUCAAUCGCAGUGGCUACGACUCGAGCGACAAAACAGAUCAACCCACACAUCCAGUUAUAUUCACAAAGCGAUCCACAAGUAUUGUGCCGUGUGGUGUCGCGAUUUACCCGCAUCACGGAUUUCCAAGCACCCUAGACUACGAAGGGGAAAUUGGUGUAAUUAUCGGUAAGCCGGGAUUUCAGAUUCAAGAAAAGGAUGCACACAACUAUGUCUGGGGCUACACAAUUAUAAAUGAUGUGACCGCCCGUGAGAAGCAGAGAGACCACAAGCAAUUCUAUUUGGGGAAAUCUCCUGAUACGUUUUGUCCAAUGGGACCCAUCGCAGUUCCAGCAAGUGCACUUCCGAAUAAACUGCGAGUUCAGACGUUUGUCAAUGGCGAGAAGCGACAAGAUGCAACCACGGAUGAUCUCAUUUUCUCAAUAGCGAAUUUGGUAAAAACCGUGUCUGAAGCUCAGACAAUCAGACCCGGUGAUAUUAUCGCCACUGGAACCCCUGCUGGCGUUGGCUUCGGCCAGAAUCCUGCCAGUUUCCUGAAAUCAGGCGACAAAGUGGAAGUGUCUGUAACUGGGCUGGGCUGUCUUACGAACGUCAUUGCGGGUCCGAAGGCUGAGAAUGAGGUUGCGAAACGCAUUCAACUGGAGUCUCACCUUGCCACUAUCAACCUAGACAACACAGCCGGUGGAGCUGGACUGACCCUGCUCGAUGGGAAGCUAAUCCACCUUCGCAAGGCUGGUACCGGGUCCGAUACCGCUGUUUUUGUACAUGGUCUUGGGGCAUCGACUGAAUAUUUUACUCCUAUCAUCAAAGCUCCAGGGUUUGAGGAACGCUAUACAAGCUACGUUUAUGAUCUCGAAGGUCACGGAUUGUCACCAACCAAUAUUUCCUCGGUUGUGACACUUGACAGUCUCACUAAAGACUUGGGGAGUAUUAUCAAUAUGACCGGGGCAUCCUCUGUAACCUUGUUUGCUCACUCUCUGGGAUGUUUAAUUGCGAUGGCCUAUGCAAUCGAAUCUCCUUCUAAGAUUGAGAGGAUGAUUUUGAUGGGACCUCCACCCUGCCCGCUUCCUGAGGCUGCAAAGGUCGGAAUGGCCAACCGUGCCCAGGCUGUCAGAGAUAAAGGCAUGAUGGCUUCGGGAACUGUUGAUGCCGUGAGUAAAGCGGGAACAUCCAGCGCGAGCAAAAUUUACCAUUCUGUCGCUUACGCUGCUGUUCGGUCGUCUCUUCUUGCCACAAACCCAGAAGGUUACGCAAAAGCUUGCACAGCACUCGCAGGCAUAACGUCGCCAUUGUCGGUUGAAAAGCUGAACAUGCCAAUCCUCUUCAUUACUGGCGACGAGGAUAAGACAUCGCCUGUCAAUGUCGUAAUUGAUUUUCAUGAGAAACUGCCCAAGUCCCAACUAGAGGUUCUUCGCCACACUGGCCAUUGGCACAUCUACGAGAAUUCUGAAGGUAUUUCUCGUGCUAUUAAAAUGUUCAUGUGA